UGCGUAAGUGAUAAAAGUGGAAAAUAUUUUGAAAAUGUAAAUAUUACAUUGUGUUAUAAAAUUUGUUUGUUUGUUUGUUGUUGUUGUGUGGAAAAUGUACUGCGAAAGGAUUGGUUGGAGCUGGAAUUGUUUACAAUUUGGUCGGCAAGUGUUUGGCGGUGAGGAAAUGUGCAAUGAUUUUGAUUUAGCGAGCUUUUUAUGAUUUUGUUGUGAAGGUGAAGUCCCUUAAAUGAGAAAAAUAUUUAGUAAAAAAAAUCAAAAUAAAAUAUAAUUUCAAUAAAUAAUAAUUUUAAUCUGUUUCUUUAAAUAUAACCGUUAUCUAUAUUGCUUGAAAAUGUAAUUUAAAAUAUAAUCUGCAUAGCGGAAAAAGUCAAUUACCGUCAUUUCUAUUUAAAAGCUCAAAUUAAAAAUUGUGAGAGCUCAACAUACACAUGUCAAAAUUAAUUACUAGCUAGUUUACAUAUAUACAUAUAUUAUAAAUAUAUAUAUUUCUAUGUAUCUGACCCAGCAUUUAGUCCAUAUACUGCCGCAUUGUCUUUCGCCAUUGUCAGCAUCAAUCUCUAAUAUAUAUUUUUUUUGCUCUACUCAUUGUUCUUUUUUUUUGCUUAUUGCUAACGCUGUUGCUCUGGCACGCAAGGUGAAAGUUAAAAUGCAAUAAAAUUAACGACGCUACAAAACCCAACAAAUUCUCAUAUGUGCUGUACCAACAAUGCUCACCAGAUUCUUAAUGAUUUUUUUACAAGUCUAGUUGGGGAAAAAAAUUACAUGUGAUGGCUUCCAGCUGCCAUAAGAAGUAGCAUGCCUGUGGCGUCAAAGCUUUUAAGACAUCAAAUCACUGCUUACAAAUACACUGAAGCGCAUAAUUUUCUUAACAAAGCUUGACUCAAAGGUAUAAAUUAGAAAAAUUCUAAUUCCCCAACAUUCUCCUGAGCUGUCACAGCUUCGAGUUUCAACGCUACAGGCCAACCCUUUCAGUUCGAUAUUUUAGAAAUUUAUUUUCAUGUUCUGACGCUAAAGCGUUAGAAAUAAGAGAGUCUACAUACCGGUUUACAUGCUUAUACUUACAUACAUACUAUAUACACCGAUAUGUAAAUUGUCGUCGCACAAUGAGGCCAAGCUGUGCAAUACAGCAGCAAACUUUAAAUCUCAAGCAGCUAACUUGUUUAAGCCAACUCAGCCUCUACACACAGCCCUGUCUUUGAAAACCAGUUUCGCGUUGUUGUUAUUUGACGCUGCUCAAAGCAAUUGACUUCUUUCAUUUACCUUCUAUCUGCUUGAUCUUUUUCUAUCUUAUUCCCGAUUUUUCUUUCAACUUUAUUUCAAGUCUUCUCAACUUUCUUACCCUUUCUUAGCGUAUUGUAUUGUAUUCUAUUUGGCCCGUUGUCACUGACGUGUGCGAUGGCGCUGAUAAACAGCGAAUCGGCGCGUUGCUUUUUUUGUUUCAAAACAUAUUUGUGAAUGCGCCAAGAUUUGGAUUUGGUGAGUCGUCGUUGUAGGUGCUUUUGCUUUUGCGUGAGUUAGUCAAGUGAUUAGCAACUGGUUUUUGUGUUGAAAAAAAAAAAACAGCAAAAAAUAGAAUAACAACAAAACACAUAAAAUUUUGUGAUAAAUUUGUAGAUUUGUCGUGUAAAUUUUAUCUGUGUCAUCUCUUUAUUCGUAGUUUUUGCUUUGCAUGUGAUUAGAAUAUGAGUAAGUGCUGCUUUCGGUAUUCAAAUAUGUUUUUUUUGUGCUAAUUUGUUUAAUUUUUUAAUUUUAUUAAAGCGAGAUAUUGUGUGGUACCGGUUAUAAAAAGCCGGUUGUGCUAUUUUUUCUGUGAAUUUAUACUUUUUACUGUAGAUGCGUUAUUAGUGAGUAAUUUUGUAUGGGGAAUUUUUGUUUCAAUUAUCAUUAAUAACUGUUCUUUAUAAAAAGUAAUAUUUAUUCUCAUAAAUUAAUAUUUUUGUUGAGUAUAAGUAGAGAUUUUACAAAAAAAAAAAAUUAUUAUAACCUCAAAAAAAGAGGAGAGAAGAAUUAUUAUGAUUGCUAAAGAUUAAAGCUCCCUUUUUAUUAGCAAAAUUAGUAUUCCAUAGUGAAAACUUCGCGAGUUUCAUUUUGAUUGGAUUUGAAAAACCCUGGUUUAUAUAGUAUGAAUAUUAAGUAAAUUAGCAAUCUAUGAUUAAGAAUAUAUAAAAAAUGCUGUGCUUUUUAAAAAUUUGAGUCUAAUCAGUCUUAGAACCUCCACUUCAGCCUUAGAAGUCCAAUCGCUGGAAGUAUAAUCGCUCACAAUAAACUCCAUUGGUGAGAUUUGUAGCGCGUUCUUAUUUUUCUUUCCCAUAAUUGAGCAGAAAGCCUUCACAUUGUGUUUAUACCUUCAACUUGAGAGCUGAGAUUUUAUGAGCCAAGAUCUCACAAUUUUCAAAAUAUUUCUUAAAAAUGAUAUAGAUUUGCAAAAGUGUGAGUUCUUAAUAGUUCGAUCGCAGAAUAUUAAGACCAUUUCAUAAAUUUACAAGUUCUUAAAAAGUGGAGGAACGUCUGAGGUAUUUAAAUUCCAAAUCUAUAAUUUAAUAUCGCUCCACGGUAGGGCAUAUCUUUGAUUUGACUGUAUUUUGAAACAUAAUUAUAUCAGAUUUUCUCUUCGACCCUCAAUUUGUGAGAUAAUGUGUACUUUUAAUUACUUGCAAUGCUUAUGAUCGCUAAUCUAAUCAAUUUAGUCAAUUAUGGCAGAAAUUGGUAUACUAGCAAUACAGUUAUUGUGGAGUCUUUUUUUUUUGCUCAAAGAGUACUCACAAUAUAUUGCUCAAUAAGAGAGAUCUGAUACUUAUUUUCUGUUAUCUAUCCCUGUUUUGAAGUCAGAAAUGUGAGGAAGUUAGUAAGUAUAUGGCUACAGAGAGACGACUUUGUCGGAAAAGUUUAACUUCCUAACCUAUUGAUAUGAUACCAUUCCGACUACUCAAACAAUUUCUGUGCCAUGAAAAGUCAAAUGAAGAUAUGUUUUCUCUAUUUUGUCUUAAUUUUCCUGUAAUUCUCAACUAGCUUAUGAAAAAGUUAAACUUUUAUUUUUGGCUGUGAAGCUUUAGAAUCGAGCUUUGCCAAGCUUUGGAGCAUUAAAAUAUAUCUCAAAUACAAAAGAUCAUAAACUCGCAGCUCCUUACCUUCCGAAUGAGGCUGCAUCUGAUUUAAGUUCAGGUUGAGACAUUUCUUUGACCUUAAUCUUUCAAUAAACCAGACUUCACAUUGCCUUAAGCGGCGGUUAAUAAGGACAUUAUUCUUGCCGUUGGCCAAAAGCUUGAAUUUAUAGUAAAUAAUGAGUUAAUGGGAUUAGAUAUUAUUACGAAAACAGGAAAAUGUAUCAAACUGUUCCAUGGAACCAUAAAAGCUUUGAUUAUAACAUCAACCUCAUUCAAAGAGAUGAAGUACUAGAAACAAGUCAUGCAAUCCUAUUCGAUAAAUCUUGCUUAAAUGUGUAUAUAAACAACUGAAAAUGUUUUAUUACAUAAAACAAAUAGAUAUUUAAUUUCGCUUGUGCCACACGUAUCAGCAAUUCUUGUUUUCGUCCGAAACUCUAAACAUUUAUUAACUGCACUUACGAGCGCACUUCCCUCAAAACCUGCUUAUCACAUUUUCUAUGCAAUGUGAUAGCAAAAACAAAAAAAACAAACCGGUGAAGAGGAAGUCAUAAAAUCGGAUGACAGACUAAAGAACUAACUGAUUGACGGACUUACGAAGCGAGCGCGUUGGCUAACAACAGAUUUAAAACUUUUGAUAAGCGGAAGAAAAUGACUUUCGAAGAAAGAAAAGCACAAAAACAAAAACAAACACAAAAACUCAAAAACGGAAGCGAGUGAGUGGCAGACGCUUGCACGCACACACAACUACAUAUAAACAGUUUUCCGAUUUCCACAGCGCUAUAAUUAUUUGUUGCGUACUUAAAAUUUUCACUAGCCGUUGUUGCUAUUGUUGUUGCUUUGGUUUUUGCUUGCACUGAACGUGCUAAAAGCACAUAAUUUUGCAAGACACAGCGUCAGGAAGUAUGUAGCGAGUAGAUUUUGACCAGAUUUUUGCACGCAAUUUUAGAUGCUGUGAAGAUACCCGAAACGAACACAAGCAGACACACGCAGCAAAAACAAGCAGCGGUGGAGCGGCAGUGGGGGGCGCCGUGUAAAUUGCGCGAAUACUUAAAAGCGCUAUAAAACAUGUUUAGUAAAAUGUCUGAGACGUGCGUACUUCAAGUUCUGAAUGGCAUGCAACAAGGCUGUGAACAACAGCAACAUCAACACCAGCAGCAAUAGCAAUAACAACAACUGCAAAUAGUUAUUUAUAAGUAAACAAGAUGGCAGCGGCGUAAACAGUGAAAUGUUGCAAUGCAAAAAAGGUGGCAACAGCAGCAGUUAGAAUAUGCUCAUUUGAAUGCCAGCCAGUGCUGACAUAAUUUAUGUGCAUCUCUCUGAGUGUCUGAGUGUCGUAGUUAUGCUGCCAGCAUCAUUUGCACAAUAAUGCAUAAAAAAUAUUUGCUUGCAAUCCAGAAAUGCUUGGAAAAGUUUAUGCGAAUGAAACUGUUCACUAAUAAUGCAAUUGUUGUUGUUGGGCGCGAAAUCGUAGAAGUUUUUAAUGCCUGCUGUAGUUGGUAGGUUCUCCUUUUAGAAACAACUCGAAAACUCGAAGCAGUAGUGUUACGAGUUGUAGACAUUUUCUCACUCUGUGUGUGCAUUGUUUGAUGUUCAACUUUCGGCUAAGUAGUAAUACAGUUAAGUAAUUGCUAUUUUAAAGUGCACAUAACUUGAAUGAAACAUAAUUGAAAUACUGGUUUGAAAUAAAUUUUAGUUAAUAAUUAAUAUUUUCUUGCAUUCUAUGAUGAAAAUUAUAAAAAUAUAUAUAUUGAACUAAACACUGCCAUUUUUUCAUAGAUAUAAACUGUUUUAAGAAUCAUUUUACAGUUAAUCUCGUAAAAAUCAUGUUCCAAAAACUUUUUAGUAGUAAAACAAUUGUGUACUAACAUGUCUGACUCUUCCAUGUAACUCGAUUUGAAGCAAAAAUUGGAAGAGCCUUCUGGUCAAUAGUUUUUAGACAACUAUUUUGAACCAUGUAACCUUUACCUCGAAAUUGGUUGUCUAUACUCUAGUAGUAACCUUCAAUGAUUUUCCUUAUGAUAUCAGCUUCUAAUCUCCAAUCCAAUUAAUCUACAUUACUAUAGAAUCACUACGACUAUGACAUCACAUGACGUGGCUUCAGUGCAUAUGGCAGGACUCGUUCUUGGAGAUAUGCGUUAAGAUAACUUCAGAUAUCUAAUACUUAAUUGAGUUGAAUUGCCAGUUGAACCGUAGGCUCCCAAAGCAAAAAAAAAAGAUAUUUCAAGGUUUGAGUUGAAUUUCACUAUUAAUUUAAAAUUCAAUGCAUUCGCUUAAAAGUCGCUAUUCGGCGGAUAUCGGGGUCGCUGAUUAUGGAUUAAAAAUGGCGAACCAAUAUGGGGACAAAUUUAAAAAUUCGUCGUAUUGCAUCCGCCAUUUUGAAUUUUGAAAACCCGACACCGGAUUCAUAUUUAGCGACCUCGAAAACCCCCCGAGUUACGAUAUUCAAGCGAUACCGAUGAAUUUUUCAAAAAAGCGCCCGCCAUAUUGGAUUCGCCAUUUUGAAAACCCGACACCGGUUUCAUAUUUUCGCGAUUUUGCGAUUCAGAUGAAUUUAAAAAAAAAAGCGCGCCGCCAUAUUGAUCUUCAGUGGUUAUCUCAAAACCCUGAUCUGAUGGAGUUAAGGCAGUAGUCUGCUUUAGAAGCCGAAAAAAAGCGUUUUUUAGUCAUUUUUUUUUUGAAAGGGAAGGAAAUGUUUGCGGUAAACGGAAUUUUAAGACGAUAGUGUACUAAAAAUAUUGGUUUUUUUAAAUAUUUCUAAGUUUCUUUUCUUUAUGAACCAAAAAAAAUACAGAAGAAGUUAUAAAAUUCCAAAUUUUUUCGAAGUUUGAAAGUACAGCUAUCACUUUUUUAAGACAAAAAAUUGACUUAAAGUUGUAAAACAAGUAGUUUAAAUAAUACUUUUGUCCUUUUUUACUUUUUUAGUUCAAAUAGAAGAUAAUUUAAUACUGAAGCUAGAUCACUUUGGUUUUUUUCGAUCGGACAUAUUUUUGCUAUCGCCGGCACCGUUUUCUAACACUUGUGAAAAUGAAAACUCGAGAAAACGCGUUUUAAAGGUCUGCCUGAGCAUUCGCGCCUGCUCGACGCUCGGCCACUAAAACUGCUCUAGCUUCGAAAAAAUGUCGAAUUGGCCUCUGGAAUUUUAAAGAUAUAUUCUUGGAUAGUUUUGGAAGAGAGAUUUAAAACAAAACAACUUUUUUAUUCGAAGAAACCUUUAGAGCCAACCGUUUCAAUACCUUGAGAUUUAUGUUAUACCGAACGUCAAUUUGAUUGCUUAAAAAAUAGUCAAAGCAAAGUCUGCUUGUACUACACAGUUACUAACUGAUACAGAUUUAAUGAAUUUGGAGCACUUAGCAUCUAAAUAUAGCAAAAAAUUGUAGCGAGGCUAAAGAACGAAUGAGUUGGCGGUCGGCUACAAAUGUUGGCUGUAAAAUCAAUUUGUGAAAAAGUAGUAAAUGACAAGCAAAAAGAAUCACAGCGCCGGCUAUGAAGAAUGAGGGCCACGGCAAGCACAGCAAAAAGUCGCCAACGCUGCAAAACCGUCAAUACCACAAAGCACAAAUAAUUAUUUAUAUAUAUUAUUAACUAAAUAUGAAUAGAAAUGUCGACAUUUGUAUGUAUGUAUGUAAAAAAGUAGAAUAUUCAAACGAGAGACAAAAACAACUAGAUGCAUGUAGUUGUGGAAUAGCGUAGAAUGCGCAUAAAAAGCAAAAUGUUGCUGACUAGAAUUUAAAUGCCAAGUCAGGCACAACGAAUUUGGUUGGCGACGGCGGUGGCGGCAGCGCUGGCGCGAGACUGUUGUUGCUUUUAGUCGUGCGAAGGUGGGGUGAGGCGCGCAACCAAUUGACGUUGCCAACCUUAAGUAAACAGGUAAAUCGUUUACGGUAUACGCUGCUGAGCGCAUGCGCAAACGUUCGCUAGGAGUGAGUCAGUUACUUGUUGCUAGCAGCGCAGCGACGGCGUUCAAAGUCAGUUAUCGCCUGUUGCCGGUUUGCCGGGCGUUGAGAAGUAAGAUAUUUGUUGAUUGAGUAUAAAGUGAGAGUGCUUGUUUAGAGUUGAGAUAAAAAGUUGGUAGAGAGAAAAGAGAGUGAGAGAAGUGUAUAUAUUUCAAUUGAUCGCUGAGAGCGGAAGCGUUUGUUGAUGAGAGCAAUAUAUUUAUUCUUUUAAUAAUUUAAUUUGAGUUACAAUUGGGGUCUAAAACCCCAAGAGUUUAUUGAAAUUUGAAGGCGAGUACAGUUAUUUAUUUUAAUUGUUUAAUUUAUAUAUUCGAUAUAUAAAGCUAGCGAGAGUUACAAGAAAGAAUUGGAUGAGUGUAGAAACUGGCUGUAAUAUGGCUUUCAAGAUCUGCAUGACUUUCGUUUAACUCCUUUCUAUAUUAAAAUAUAAUUAAAUAUUAUAUUUUUUUAUUUUUUUUGUAUAUUGUAUUUAAUUAUAACCCUAAAAAGGUCUUCAUUGUAAGAAAGGAAAGCAUUGUUGGCAACUAAAAGUUAAAUAAAAAGAUUUUAUGGAUCGUUUUUUGUAGAGACAAGAUUCUCAACUUGACCUAGAAAUAUAAGCCCAUGACGUGUUUGACUUUCAGGUUUUAUUAGUGAACUCUCACAUUUUUCAUUGGCCUUAUUUUGACCUCUAACACGACUUUAAGUCUGAGAUAAUGUUGAGAUAAGUUAUUAAUUUCUUUCACAAUACUUGAUCCUAUAAUUUUCGACUAUGAUCAUGUAGAAGAUUUAUAAAACAACUUAAAACAUGCUGGAUUUUUUCUCUUUCAACUUAACCUCAUUCUUAGAACAACGAAUCAAAAAUAUCGCCCGGAUUUUUCGGGUAUCUUCAAGAUGUAUGAACAUGAUCUAUGAAGAAGCUUUGUAGUUGAAGGUUACAAUUUUUUUGACUGGACCUUUGCUUUCCUAAAAAUUAACCCCAUUCUUCGGACAGCAACACAAUAAAUGGUCUAUGGUACUUCUUUGACAUUUUUUUUUAUUAUGAAAGUCACCUUUGAGUGUUACGUUUGUAUUUAUUUGGACUUUAAGGCUAGUCAAAAUGCUUUUAGAGCCUUGAAAGGUGUUAUUAGAACGUCUUAAUUGAUUAAAUACCACCUCAUUGGAAUUUGUUGGCAAAAUAUUACUCUUGAUGAGACCGGUUCUCAUAAUAUUAUACAAGUCUUUGAAUAUUAUAAAAGUUUCUGUAGAAAGUAUUCAUCUGAUAAUUUUGCGAUCACUCGGAGCUAAUUUUGACAAAGAAAAUGUGAUUAGUUUUGUCAAUUAGGACAGAAAUUGGUAUACCAGUGUAGUAUUUUUUCGCUCAAAGGGUAUUCACAACAUAUUGCUCAAUAAGAUAGAACUGAUAAUUCUUUUCUUUUAUCUAUUCCUAUUUUAAAGACAGAAAUUAAAAUAAGUUUCUAAGUAUAUGUCUACAGAGCGACGACUUUGUCGGAAAAGAUUAACUUCCUAACCUGUUGACAUGAUUCCAACUACUCAAACCAUUUCUGUGCCAAAAGUCAAAUGAAGCGAUUAUUUCUCUAUUUUCUCUUAAUUUUACUGUAAUUCUCAACCGACUUAUGAAAGAGUUAAACAUUUUAUUUUUGGCAGUGAAGCUUUAAAUAUAUUUCAAACAGCAAAAGAUCAUAAAUUCGCAGCUCUUAAUCUUAGAAUAAGGCUGUAUCUGAUUCAAGUUCGGGUUCAGGCAUUUCUUUGACGUUAAUCUUUCUAUCACCCAGUUUUCACAUUGCCUUAAGUGACGCUUAAUUAACAGUAUCCUUACUGUUGGCCAAAAGAUCGAAUUUAAAGGAAAUAAUUAGUUAAUUUUCUUAGAUUUAUUAAGAUUAGAGGAAAGUGCUUCAAGCCGUUCUAUGGAAACAUAAAAGUUAAGAUUACAACAUCAACCUCAUUCAAAGAGAUGAAGUACUAGAAGCUGAGUUUGCAAUCCUAUUUGAUAAAAUUUAUUUUUUUUUUGUAUAUAAAAGUUUUUAUUUUUUAUAAUUUUUGAAGAAUGAAAAAAAUAUUAUAAGUUUCAUUUUUCUUACACAUUUACAACCAUUCUCUCUAUAAUUUUCGCUCAAUAAUUUUCACUCACUAUUUACUCUUGGUAAUCUACAAUAUUAAUUAACUCAGUGAAAGACAGUUAAAUUUUCACUACUUCGAGCUCUCUUUUCUAAUUUUUUAAGCAGCAAAUAUUCUUACUUACUUUCAACAACAUAAAACUUGCAACAUUUGGUGCCUGCAACCAUUCUUUUUUUCACAAAAUAUACUAUAAAAAAACUUUCAAAAACAACAUAAACCGCCUUAAAACUGACAAAAAUAUCCAUGCAGCGGCCACGACUUUGAGUGAAAAGUUGUUGCAUGAGCAUAAAUUAACGCAAGCCGCUAACUACAUAUAGCACAUAUAUUUACUCACCAGAUCAACGCUGCCAUAAACGAAAGACUUCAAUGUAACGGCGACGUUAACGUCCAACGUCAGCGUUGCCAGCGCUGUCAGCGGCAUGAAUCUCAGCUGCUGUGCGUGUGUAUGUGUGUGUGCUGUGUGAAAGGCAUUUGCGGGCAGUUUUAGCCAACUAAGCAACCAAGAAAGCACACACACACGCAUACAAUUUAUAUACACGCACAUACAUACUCAAACGCACACACACACUCUCAUGCGAGCGCGCUUACUUUUUGUAUAGCCGCUUGAAAUCAAGCAAAUGGUGGGUUGCCAGCUCAACACUGAGCCGAGCCGACUUUAGUUGGUGAGCAGACUUGUCGGUGUAGACAUUGGUCGGUCCACGGCAACAACAAAAAAUCACAAAAAAACAAACAACAACAGCGAGACAGUGUUACAAAAGACGUGUGUGUGCGUUUGUGCGCUGUAUUUAAUUUUGAAUUAAAUUCCUUUUUGUGCCGAAAACAUAGAAAAUUUCAUAUAUAAAACCAGUGGAAAUUUUCGAAAAAUAUUUUUAAAGUGAAAAAAAAAAAUUACAACCAAGUGUUGCGAGUGCAUUAGUGCUUUACUAAAAAGUGCAGUGCAAUUUUAGCAAAUAAGUUUUAAUCAGUGCAAACAUAUCAAAUAUUUCAUAAGAAAUAAUAAUAAUAAUUAAAACCAAAAAAGUGCAUAAAUGCAUUUUUGAAAUCAAAAUCCAACGCCCACCAACAAAAAAUAGAGUAUUUAAUUCGGAAAUCUCACGAUCGGUUGCGCGUCGGUACUGUGAGUGCGCGUUCGCGUUCUAACAUUUUCGUCGUCGCGCGCAAUAUUUACUAUAAAUCAAUAUAAAAUAUAUAAAAUCUCAACUAAGUGUCCCUACGCGCUUCAAAUCGCAUUUAAUAUUCUAUAUCUUCUUCCGUUAAAUUUCUAAACGCGUAUACUUUGGCUACUCCGAUCGAGGGCGAAACGUGAAAGUGUUCGAAAUUCGCAAAAAUUGCGUAGCGUUCUCGGGCGCGUGCGCAAAUCAUAUCGCGGACGUUACGCACGCCGCCAAAAUGCAUCGGCCUGCGGGCAAGCGAUGCCGACUAACUAGUGACGCCAACACCAACAACGCAACUACAAUGAUGGCGGAACGUCGAAGGAGCAACAACACAGCGGCGACAAAUGCGCGAGCGACCACAACACCAACAAUUGCAACGAAAACAUUCGGCAAUCAUUGCCGUCAAUUGAGUGUUUUGGUGUGCUUCGUCGCCAUUAUCGCCUUAAAUAAUUUCGGUUGUCUGCUGACAACAACAACGGCUGCCGUGCAACGGGAAAAUAUGCGAGUGCUGCCAUUGCCAGAAGUGAGUUUCGGCGCCCGCGACAGCAGCAGCGGGUCGAUUUCAGCAUUCAAUGUGCCAUGUCCCACCGGAUUUUUUCGCUGCAACGAUGGCAAAUGCAUAACAUCGUUGUGGGUGUGCAAUUAUCAAAAGGAUUGCGAAGGUGGCGAAGAUGAGCAGCAGUCGUGUCCGCCACCCGAAUGUGAGGCGGGUCAAAUCAGUUGCGGUCAAUAUGUCUUCAAUAAGACCUACUGCAUACCGCCGCAUUUUCGUUGUGAUAUGACCGACGAUUGUGAGGACAAAUCGGAUGAAUCACAGUGCACUUACAGAAAAUGUCAAUCGAGCGAUGUAUUCUGCAAUGCACCCGGCGGUUUGGCACCCUCCGAUGGUAGUCGGCUCUCCGGUCCGUGUGUGCCGAAGGAGAAACGCUGCGACGGUUAUCUGGAUUGUCGUAAUGGUCGUGAUGAGGAAGGUUGCACCGGCAUCUCGUGUCGUUUGGAUCAGUUUCGCUGUGCCAACGGCCAGAAGUGUAUUGAUGCUUCGCUCAAGUGUAAUCACAAAGACGAUUGCGGUGACAAAUCUGAUGAACAGGGCUGCAACUUUCCACCCUGCCAUCAUGGACAAUUUCGUUGCACGAAUGCCUUGUGCAUACCAUCGAACUUCUAUUGUGACGGCUAUCACGAUUGUGCGGACGAAAGUGAUGAGGCCAAUUGCACGGCAAUCGCAUGUCCAGAUAACAAGUUCCUUUGUCCACGCGGUGGCCCAAAUGGCACGCCCAAGUGCAUAUUGAAGUCACAACUGUGCGAUGGUAAUCGUGAUUGUGAAGAUGGAAGUGAUGAGGAGACCGCUUGCUCUAUCGGCUCUUGUCCCGCUCUUAGUUGUGAGUACCGCUGUGGACCUUCGUUGACCGGCGGCACCUGCUAUUGCCCGAAUGGUCAGUCCAUCGCCGCUGACAACCGCACUUGCAUGGAUCGUGAUGAAUGCGCCGAAUGGGGUUAUUGCGAUCAGUUGUGUACGAAUACCGAUGGCUCGUUCACCUGCCAGUGUACGCAAGGCUAUAGUUUGUUCAAUGGCACAAAGUGUAUUGUGCCCGAUCCGAGAACUAUGCAGCUCAUCAUCGCACAUGAUCGUGCUGUUGUGCGCAUGUCGGCGCAUGGUGGCGAUCCACGUAUACUCGCGAACGCGACAGCUGCCUCCGGCGUGGCCUUCCACUACCAGCGUAACACUUUGUAUUGGUCUGACAUUAAGACACGUAAGGUGCAAUCCAUACCACUGGAUGUGUUCAACGGUGCUAUCUCGCCGCUAGAUCUCACACUGCCCGGCACAUGGGCGCCCGUCGCGCUGGCCGUCGAUUGGGUGGGCGACAAGAUUUACGUGGCCGAUUUGAUUGGUCAAAAAAUUGAUGUUUUUGAAUUGAGCGGACAUUGGCAUGCUGUUGUUUUGGGUUCAAAUCUUACCAGUCCCGCCGAUUUGGCAUUGGAUCCGACAUCGGGUCUUAUGUUUGUCGCUGAUGGUGGUCAAGUUUUACGCGCUCAUAUGGAUGGUACACAUGCACGUUCCAUUGUCUCAGAAGCCGCGUACAAGGCGUCUGGUGUUACUGUAGAUAUUAUUGCGAAGCGCGUUUACUGGUGCGACUCACUGCUGGACUAUAUUGAAACUGUGAACUAUGAAGGUAAUAAUCGCAUUAUGGUGCUACGCGGACAACAAGUGCCGAGUCCUUCACGAUUGGCGCUCUUUGAAAACCGCAUCUACUGGACGGAUGCCACGAAGCAAGGUAUUAUGUCCGUGGACAAAUAUGCAGGUCCCACAUCGAUACAAGUCACCUAUAAAGCGAAGGAUAUACGCGAACCCAAAGGUAUUGUGGCUGUUCACGCACUAAGUCAACCGCGUGUUUCGAACCCUUGUGGCAACAACAAUGGCGGUUGUAAUCAUAUGUGUAUUGUAACAGCAGUUAAAGGUGCACCCACCGGUUUAGGUUACCGUUGUGCCUGCCAUACAGGUUAUCAGUUGCAGACAGAUUUGAAGAAUUGUAAAAUAGUGCGUGAGUUCCUGAUGUAUUCACAGCAACGUUUCAUCAAGGGUAAAGUGCUCGAACCAGUUAUUGAGGGUUUCAGCGAUGCUAUACUACCGGUGGUCUCGAGACGUGCACGCUUCGUGGGCUUGGAUUACGAUUCACGCGAUGAAUUCAUCUACUACUCAGAUGUGUUGCAGGAUGUGAUCUACCGUGUACACCGCAAUGGCACCGGACGCGAAAUUGUGCUUGCUUCACAAAACGAAGGUGUUGAAGGAUUGGCAGUCGAUUGGGCUGCGAAGAAUCUGUACUAUAUCGACUCACGCAAAGGUACGCUGAAUGUGCUCUCUACACGAAACGUGACCUACCGACGCACGUUGUUGAAGAAUCUCAAACGUCCACGCGCCAUCGUUGUGCAUCCCAACCGAGGUUAUAUCUUCUUCUCCGAAUGGGAUCGUCCCGCAAAUAUUACGCGCGCAAAUACCGACGGUACCAAUUUGCUUGUCUUCAAGAAUGUCACACUGGGCUGGCCCAAUGGUUUGUCGAUUGAUUUCAAAGAGGAUCGCGUUUACUGGUGUGAUGCUUUGUUGGAUCAUGUGCAGCAUUCCAAUCUCGAUGGUACUGAUAUUAAAACGGUCAAUUCACGCUUGGUGCGUCAUCCAUUCUCAAUUGUCAUACACAACGAUUGGAUGUAUAUCACGGACUGGCGUCUGGAUGCGAUUAUACGCCUGCACAAACUCACUGGCGAACAAGAGGAAAUGAUGGUGCGCGAACCGCAAACUAAUCGGCUGUACGGCGUGAAAGUCUACAGUCACGAGGUGCAAAACAUAACCGAUAUACAUCCCUGUCAUGUAAACAAUGGUGGUUGCGAGAAGAUCUGCUUCGCCAUACCAAGGAAUGACUCCAUGUUGCCGUCCUUGCAGACGCGCUGCUCAUGUCCCUAUGGCGAACGUUUGGCUGAAGAUCAACGCUCAUGUAUGGCCGAUCCCAAUGCAGAGCCACCAGUACAACCCUGUCCCAAUACUUGGGACUUCACCUGCAAUAACCAACGUUGUAUACCCAAAUCAUGGGUGUGUGAUGGCGAUGACGAUUGCUUGGACAACAGCGAUGAGGAGCAGAAUUGCACAAAACCGACCUGCGGCUCCAAUGAGUUCCAAUGCAAGUCUGGCCGUUGUAUACCACUCAACUUCCGUUGCGACCAGGAGAAUGAUUGUGGCGAUAACUCAGACGAGUUCGAAUGUGGUAAUGUCACUUGUGGCACAGCACAAUUCGCCUGUGACAAUGGCCGCUGCAUACCGAAUAUGUGGAAAUGUGAUAGUGAAAACGAUUGCGGUGAUGGCUCUGAUGAGGGUGACUUCUGUGCGGAAAAGACUUGCGCUUACUUCCAAUUUACGUGUCCACGUACGGGUCAUUGCAUACCGCAGAGUUGGGUUUGCGAUGGUGAUGAUGAUUGCUUUGACAAACAGGAUGAGAAGGACUGUCCGCCGAUUACUUGUUUGGCGAAUCAAUUCAAAUGCGCCGAUCUGCGUCAGUGUGUUGAGGAAUCAUAUAAAUGUGAUGGCAUACCGGAUUGUAAUGAUGGUAGCGAUGAGUUGGAUUGUCCGUCGAUGGGACCGAAUCAGUGUAACUUGGAAAAACACUUCCGUUGCAAGUCUUCUGGCUUCUGCAUACCAAUUGCUUGGCAUUGCGAUGGCUCCAAUGAUUGUUCCGAUCAGUCUGAUGAAGAGGAUUGCGGACAGAUUACCUGCGCACAGAACUUCUUCAAAUGCAACAACUCCAAUUGUGUAUUCAAGGCGUACAUUUGUGAUGGCAAAGAUGAUUGCGGCGAUGGUUCUGAUGAGAGCUCACUACAUGCUUGCGUACCACCACCAUUCAAGUGUCCCUACGGUCAAUGGAAGUGUCCGGAUGUUAGCGAACGUUGUGUCAAUAUGACUUCAGUGUGUGAUGGCACGCCCGAUUGUCCGAAUGGCGCUGAUGAAGGUGAAGGUUGCGAUUUGGCCGAGUGUACACAUCAAGGUGGCCUUUGUUCAAAUGGUUGCCAGAAGACACCACUCGGAGCUACCUGUGUUUGUCCACCAGGCUCAGAGAUUGGUGAAGACGGUUAUACUUGCGUCGAUAUGAAUGAAUGUGAUCCACCAGGGCUUUGCUCACAACAAUGUACAAAUACAAAGGGUUCUUACUUCUGCUCAUGUACCGAUGGUUAUUUAUUGGAACCGAACAAACACACCUGCAAAGCUGUCAAUCACUCUGCUGCAUUCCUAAUUAUAUCGAAUCGUCAUUCCAUACUUGUUGCGGAUCUGAAGGAGCAAGGUUUGGAACGAGUACCAAUAAUUGUUGAGAAUGUGGUGGCAACUGCCUCCAAUAUGCAUACAGGCACAAUAUUCUGGAGUGAUAUGAAGCUAAAGAAGAUCUCACGUUUAGAUCGUGGUCAGGAACCGCAAGAGAUUAUCAAUACUGGUUUGGACUUGGUCGAAGGAUUGGCCUACGAUUGGGUUGCACGCAAUCUCUACUGGUUGGACAGUAAAUUGAAUACGAUUGAAGUAUCUGCCGAAAAUGGUUCAAAUCGUUUGGUGUUAGUACGCGAAAAUAUUACACAACCACGUGGUAUGUGUCUCGAUCCAAGUCCGGAAGCACGUUUCAUCUUCUGGACCGAUUGGGGUGAAAAUCCACGCAUCGAACGCGUCGGUAUGGAUGGCACAAUGCGUGAAACUAUUAUAAAUACGAAAAUCUAUUGGCCUAACGGUUUAACUCUGGACAUUGCCACCAAACGUGUAUACUUCGCUGACUCAAAAUUAGAUUUCAUUGACUUCUGCUAUUAUAACGGCACUGGUCGGCAACAGGUUUUAGCCAACAGUCAUUACUUACUACAUCCACACUCACUCUCACUCUUCGAAGACACACUUUACUGGACAGAUCGUCAACUGAAUCGUGUGCUAUCGGCCAACAAAUUCCGUGGCAAGAAUCAAACAGUUGUUUCGCAUCUGAUCAGUCAACCGCUAUCAAUCCACGUACACCAUCCCUCGCUACAGCCCAUCCACCCGAACCCAUGUGAGAAAUCAAAUUGCCAACAUCUUUGUUUGUUGAGUCCUAGUGCACAGGAGGGCUUCUCAUGCAAGUGUAAACCAGGUUAUCGCCUAAUGAGCGAGGGUCGUUGCGUCGAGGAAGAAAAUCCAUUCUUGGUUGUUGUAAAGGGCACACAAAUUGUCGAUAUACCAUUGAACGGCGGUGAUGCACGCGCUGGCUCGCUCGCACCCGUUAUUGGCAUUGACAGUAGCACUGGCUUGGACUUCGAUCGCAAGGGAGAAACGCUAUAUUGGGUACAAGGACGCGAAGGUGACGAUGAAAAUUGCACGAUAUUCUCCACACCCUACGGUGGUGGCAACAAGACACAAUUCCUCGGUGCCGAUACGGGUAUUGUCGGUUCCCCCUACACCAUCGCCUUCGAUUGGUUGGGCCGCAAUCUGUAUAUGGGCAAUCGUAUUGCCAGCAAUAUUGAAGCGGUGCGAGUAGAUGGUAAAAUCAAGUAUCGCACAAUCAUACUCGCCAACGACGGCAAUCAGACAUCCGUUUCCAAACCCAAACAAAUGGUGCUAGAUCCCAAUGAUGGCAAACUAUUCUGGAUCGAUGAGGGUGGUUAUGGUGUACCCGUGAAGAUUGGACGUGUCAAUAUGAAUGGUAACAAUCCGAUGGUGUUGAAGUCAGAAAUCGACCAGCCUGAGAGCAUAGCUUUGGAUAUCGAAAAGAAAUUGGUUUACUACAGCACACAAUAUCCGCCUACAAUCUGUGUCAUGGACUAUCAUGGCGAGGACCAUCGAGUAUUGCUGUCGGAAGAGAAUGCUAUCUCGCGUCCGAAGAGUUUGGGAAUUUUAGAUUCAAGACUGUACUAUCUCGAUCCAAUUUAUGAAAAGAUCGUACGCAUUGACUUACCACGUGGCGAUAAUCCUAAAGUAAUUGUGGACAAUGAACCCGAUCUGCGCAGUAUGAUCAUCUUCAAAAAGCGUCCUAUGAUGCAACAUCCUUGUCAAAUGAAUAACGGUGGUUGUGAGCAUCUUUGCAUACCGGAUGAUGUUUCAUCGCGCACCUGUGCCUGCGGUGUCGGCUAUCGCAAGGAUAACGAUAUCAACUGUGUGGCAUAUAAGACCUUUGCCGUCGUUUCGCAACUUGACGUGACGCGCGGCUACAGUUUAACUGAUAGCUCUGAGGCAAUGGUACCAAUUAGUGGACCUGGUCAUCACAUCUUGCACGUUGAUGUGCUCUUCCGCGAACAAUGGAUCUACUGGGCUGAAUACAAUCGCGGCACGUGGAAUGGCAUUUUCCGGCGUCGCCCGAACGGCACUGAACUCCAGCAUAUCAUUAAGGAUGGUAUUGGUAGCAAUGGCAUACGUGGUCUCACCAUUGAUUGGGUUGCUGGUAAUAUGUACUUCACGAAUAUUUAUCCACAUGAGAACUAUGUCGAAGUCUGUUGGUUAGAUGGCAGCAAUCGGAAAGUAUUGGUGAAGACCACAACAGAUGCACCACGUGAACUCGCUGUGAAUCCAAUAAAGCGUCUGCUCUACUGGAUUGAUUAUGGUCAACAUCCACGCAUCGGUAAGGCAUACUUGGACGGCUCUCACUGGACGCCUUUGGUAACAUCUGGCAUAUCGAAUCCACGUGAUUUGACAAUUGAUAUGCUUACACACGAUGUCUACUGGGUGGACUCAAAAUUGGAUACCAUUCAAAAGAUUUCCUUCUCGGGCGGCAAUCGUAAGGUCAUUCGUCGCAAUUUAGCCAAUCCAAUGGGUAUAGCUAUACAUCUUGGCGAUGUUUACUGGGUCGAUCGCAAUUUGAACUCUGUAUAUAAGGCCUCCAAAUUAUCUGGCAACGAAUCGGCACCGGUACGCGUGCGCACCAACUUACAAAAACUGCGUGAUAUUGCCAUUUAUAAUAUCAAUAAUCAACCACAGGAUGAGGGCAAUCCAUGUGCACGUCUUGGCAAUGGCGGUUGCGAUCAACUUUGCUUCAGUUUCCCGCCUGAUCAAUCAAAUCCAGCGCGUUCGCAUUAUUGCGAUUGUGCCACCGGCAAAUUGGCCGAUGAUGGACACAAGUGCGAGGUGGUCAAUGAGUAUCUCGUCUUCGCAACACGCACUGAAAUACGCGCCGUUAAUUUGGAUCCACACUCCACACAAGUACCAUUCACACCAAUGAGCAAUCUCACCAAUGUUGUUGGACUCGACUUUGACUUUGCCGACAAUCACAUGUUGUUCACACAAAUCCGUCCAUGGGCUAAGAUUGCCUACACUAAGGCUGACAAUCCUAACAGCAAUGAUGUUAAUGUUGUGCUGAGCAGAGGCAUUAAUCCGGAGGGUAUCGCUUACGAUUGGACGCAAAAGAAGAUUUACUGGACUGACAGCUCGAAUAACUCGAUUUAUGCAAUGAACUUAGACGGCACUGAUUUGGUAAUGAUUGCGCGUGUUGAACGUCCACGUGCUAUCGUGCUAGAUCCAUGCAAUGGCACACUAUACUUCACCGAUUGGGGUCGUUUCGGUACAUCGGGCAAAAUCUUCCGCACCACAAUGGCUGGUUCGUUGAAACGCGCCAUUGUUGACAAGGAACUAUCACAACCCAGUGGCCUCGCAAUCGAUUAUGAAGAACGUAAACUCUAUUGGACCGACGCUGUGCGUGAGAAGAUCGAACGCUCCGAUUUGGAUGGCAAGAAUCGUGAACUGCUCGUGGAUGCCACAAUAUAUCCCUUCGCUAUAACCGUCUUCCGCAAUUACAUCUAUUGGACCGAUUUACAGUUACGAGGCGUUUAUCGCGCUGAGAAACACACUGGCGCCAACGUCGUAGAAAUGGUGAAACGUUUGGAGGACUCACCACGUGACAUACGCGUUUACAGCGCAGAGCGACAGAAAUGUUCGGUUAAUCCAUGUCUCAUCAAGAAUGGUGGCUGCGCACAAAGCUGUCAUCCGGCACCAAACGGCAAAGCAGAAUGCAAAUGUGACGACAACUCGAAGGUGGUCAACGAAGGACGCAUGUGUGCGCCACGCAACAACACUUGCGAGGCAAGCAAAUUCUACUGCCAGAACGGCAAGUGUAUCUCACGUAUGUGGUCUUGCGAUGGUGAUGACGAUUGCGGUGACAACUCAGAUGAGGAUCCAAACUACUGCGCCUACCAUUCGUGCUCACCCACUGAGUUCCGUUGCAACAAUGGACGCUGUAUCUUCAAGUCGUGGAAAUGCGAUCAUGAAAACGACUGCAAGGAUGGCUCAGAUGAGAUCGAUUGUACUUACCCACCUUGCGUAGAUGGUGAAUUCACUUGCGGUAAUGGUCGCUGUAUACCCAUGUCACAAGUUUGUAACGGUGUCAACGAUUGCAAAGACAACACAACUUCGGACGAAACGCACGAACGUUGUCCACAAAAUACGACUUGUCCACCAAAUCAUCUCAAAUGUGAAAAGACCAAUAUCUGUGUGGAACCUUACUGGCUUUGCGAUGGCGACAACGAUUGCGGUGAUAACUCAGAUGAGGAUCCACUACACUGCGGUCAACGCACAUGCCCGACCAACAGCUUCCGUUGCCCCAACCACCGCUGCAUACCGGCCACUUGGUAUUGCGAUGGCGAUGAUGAUUGCGGUGAUGGUGCCGAUGAACCACCAGAGUAUUGCAAAUCCGAGGGACGUACAUGCUUCGGUGAUCUCUUUACCUGUGACAAUGGCAACUGCAUACCGAGAAUAUACAUAUGCGAUGGUGAUAAUGAUUGUUUGGACAACAGUGAUGAGGAUAGCAGACACCAGUGCAAUGAUCGUAAAUGUGAUGAGGAAACUGAAUUCACUUGUCUGGAGAAUAAGGCUUGGGGACGUGCUCAAUGCAUACCGAAGAAAUGGAUUUGCGAUGGCGAUCCGGACUGUGUCGAUGGCGCGGACGAGAAUACAACACUGCAUUUGUGCGCGACACAACAACCUUGCGGCGAAGACAUGUUCACUUGCGACAACGGCCGAUGCAUCAAUAAGGGCUGGACUUGUGAUCAUGACAACGACUGCGGCGAUGGCUCCGACGAAGGCAAAUUCUGCAGUUCCAAAUACAAGAGUUGCUCCGAGCAAGAAUUCACCUGUCAGAACUUCAAAUGUAUACGCAAUCAGUAUCGUUGUGAUGGCGAAGACGAUUGUGGGGAUCAUUCAGAUGAAGUGGGUUGUAAAAAAGAUAACACAACAUGUCCGAAUGGACAAUUCACCUGCACGAAUGGCCAAUGUAUUGACUAUCAAUUAGUUUGUAACAAAGUGCCCGAUUGCAGUGAUGAAUCGGAUGAGCCGGCGCAUUGCAAUGUGGACGAGUGUGCGAAGGUGGAGAUACAUCAGUGCGGACACAAGUGUGUGGAUACGCUAACCGGCUACUAUUGUGACUGUAAUCAAGGCUACAAGCUAAUGCCCGACGGCAAGGCUUGCGCUGAUAUCGAUGAAUGUCUGGAGUUACCGGGUGCUUGCUCACAACACUGCUCAAAUACACCUGGCGGCUAUUACUGUAAAUGCGACGAACGCUACUACGAACGUCAAACGGACGAGCAUACGUGCAAACGUAAAGACAAAGAAGCUCCUUGGUUGGUCUUUACCAACAAAUACUACGUACGCAAUAUGUCGCUCGAUGGCAAGCAGUAUAAUCUCAUGCACCAAGAUCUGAUGAAUGUCGUCGCUUUGGACUUUGAUAUACAAGAGCAAUAUAUGUAUUUCUGUGACGUGACCGCCAAAACUAUCUUCCGCUCCAAGUAUGGACUCGAUGACGAUGAGAAACCCGAACGUGAAGCUAUAAUACGUCACGACUCGCACGGUUUGGAGGGUAUUGCUGUCGAUUGGGUUGGCCGCAAACUCUAUUGGCUCGACAGACAUUCCAAGAAUUUGGAUGUCUCAGAAUUGGAUGGCACAAAACGUAAGACACUUCGCAGUGGUGUGAUCGAUCCACGUGCGCUUGUAGUGCAUCCCGGUAUUGGUUAUCUGUAUUUCACUUCAUGGCACCUACAAGCUUACAUUGCUAAAAUGGGUAUGGAUGGCUCGAACUUUACACGCAUACUCACCUGGGACGAUGACAUUGCUUGGCCAAAUGCUUUAACGCUGGACUACUUCACCGAUCGCAUUUACUGGGCUGAUGCACAUUUGGAUUACAUUGCCUAUACGGAUUUGGAAGGCCGACAUCGUCAUGUAGUGUUAUCGGGCGUGAAGGUGCCACACAUUUUCGCACUAUCACUAUUCGAUGACUAUCUCUAUUGGACCGAUUGGAAUUUGAAGGGUAUCAUGCGCGCCAAUAAAUUCACUGGUCAGAAUUACACUGUGCUACGCAAUACGACCCACCGUCCAUACGACAUACAUAUCAAUCAUCCGUUGCGUCAGUUACCUUACACCAAUCCUUGUGGCAAAGAUAAUGGCGGUUGCUCACAUUUGUGUCUAAUUGCACCGCCACCAGAGUCCACCUACUUUAAUAUUGAGGGCUACAUCGAGGAGGGCGCGCCGAGCUACAAGUGCGCCUGUCCCAAUCAAUUCUAUUUGGCACGCGACAUGAAGACAUGCAUAGCCAACUGUACGGCCGGUCAGCAUCGUUGCGGUGGCACCGAUGAGAAAUGUAUACCCUGGUUCUGGAAGUGUGACGGUGAAAAAGAUUGUAAGGAUGGCUCUGAUGAACCCACAACUUGUCCCACACGUCACUGCCGCGCUGGCACAUUCCAGUGUAAGAAUACGAAUUGCACACCCUCAGCGACGAUCUGUGACGGCACCGACGAUUGCGGUGAUGGUAGCGAUGAACAAAAUUGCGAUCUUCCGUGCCCCGAAUCGGACUUCAAAUGUAAAUCGAGCGGACGUUGUAUACUGGAUAGCUGGCGUUGUGAUGGCGAUGCAGACUGUAAGGAUGGCAGCGACGAGGACCCAGCUGUGUGUCACAAACGUGCUUGCGAUCCGGAGACGGAGUUCAGCUGCAAGAAUGGACGCUGCAUACCGAAACUGUGGAUGUGUGACUUUGACAAUGAUUGCGGUGAUGACUCCGAUGAGCCGGCGUAUAUGUGUCGUCAACGUAAUUGCACCACCGGCUGGCAACGCUGUCCUGGUCAGUCGAACUACCGCUGCAUACCUAAAUGGCUGUUCUGCGAUGGUAAAGACGAUUGUCGUGACAAUAGCGAUGAGUUGCCAGAGAACUGCCCGAAAUGUUCAAGUGAAACGGACUUCAAGUGUGCGAACAAUCGCUGCAUACCAAAACAAUGGAUGUGUGACUUCUCGGACGAUUGUGGAGAUGGCAGUGAUGAGAAUGAUGCCAUUUGCAAGGGCAAAUAUCGUGAAUGCUCCGAAUCGGAAUUCCACUGCGCCAAUGGCAAGUGUAUAUCGUCGCGUUGGCAGUGCGAUCAUGAGGACGAUUGUGGUGACAACUCGGAUGAAAUGAACUGUGAGGGCUAUAAAUGCAAGAACGGCACAUUCCAGUGCAUGUCUGGCCACUGUAUUGCCUCGUACUUCCGUUGUGAUGGCGAUCGUGAUUGUCGCGAUAUGUCUGAUGAAAUUGACUGUCCACCACGUUUCCCUGGUGGCCGCUACUGCCCCGAAUCACGCUUCCAGUGUAAUAACAACCUUUGUGUUUCACCGUCGGAUCUCUGCGAUGGCACUGAUGAUUGUGGUGAUGGUUCGGAUGAGGAUGUUAAGGUUUGCACCGACUUCAAUUGCGAUACGCUGCGUCGCUUCCAGUGCGCCAAUCACCGUUGUGUGGCGCGUUAUCAGAUCUGUGAUGGUGUUGACAAUUGUGGGGAUGGCUCCGAUGAAAAUAACAUGACACUGUGCGCCAACAAGCAGAAACCUUGUGACCUGUAUACACAAUACCAGUGCGCCAAUAAGAAUUGUGUGGAGCGCGCACAAGUUUGCGAUUACUCCGAUGACUGUGGAGAUGCUUCUGAUGAGUUGGGUUGCCAUCACACGAAUACAUGCUCCGAGUUGACACGAGGCGGUUGCGAACACCAUUGCCACAAUCUGACCGAUGGCGGUUACAUCUGUGCUUGUUAUCCGGGUUAUAUAAUAUCGGCUGAAAAUAAGAAACGCUGCUUGGACGUGGAUGAGUGUGUCACACGGCAGCAUACUUGCUCGCACAAAUGUCAGAAUCUCAAUGGCACUUACUCGUGCUCGUGUCGCGAAGGUUUCCGCUUGGUUGACAGUCAAUCCGGUGUUUGUCGUGCUGAGAAAGAAGAUAUUGUGCUGGUAUUUGCUAACGGACCGGAAAUACGUGGCUUGGAUCUACAGAAACGUGAAGAAUUCGAUGUGAUUGCUGCGGAGAAACGUAUUGAAGCUUUGGAUUAUGACGCACAACAGCAGAUCGUCUUCUGGGCUGACAGCUAUGACAAGACAAUCAAACGUUCGUACAUGGUGAAUGCCUUGGAUGGACAGGCUAAGAUCGGUUUCGCGCAAGAUCUUAAUAUGAAGGGUGGUUCGAAACCAACAGCUGUUGCUGUCGACUGGCUGGCAUCUAAUCUUUACUGGACUGAGGUAGACCGCACCGGUUCGAAACCACGUGGACGCGUUAUGGUUGCUAAAACAGAUGGUCGCUAUAGACGUUCUAUAGUCAAUGCUGGACUUGAGGUGCCAACCUCUAUUGUAGUGAAUCCACAACUGGGACGUAUCUACUGGGCUGAUGCAGGUUCUGCGCCAAAGAUUGAGGUAUCUUGGAUGGAUGGCUCCAAACGUCGCCCACUCAUGACCGAUCACAUACGUCAUCCAACUGGUUUGACUAUCGACUACUCGCAAGAUCACACCAUUUAUUGGGUGGACACCAAAUUGAAUACCAUCGAAUCAAUGCGUCCCGAUGGUUCGUACCGCAAGUUGAUAGUGAAGGGCGAUCAGCUACGUCAUCCCAUCUCUUUGGAUGUCUUCGAAUCCACCAUAUAUUGGGUGACACGUGACUCCGGCGAAGUCAUACGUCAGGAUAAAUUCGGUCGUGGCGUACAAGUGACCGUACAUCGCAAUCUCGUCAAUCCGUCCGGCAUUAAGGUCUACCACGAACAACGCUACAACACCUCGUUACGCAAUCCAUGUUACGAAUCAAGUUGUUCGCACUUGUGUCUGCUUGUGCCUGGCGGUCAUCGUUGCGCUUGUCCGGACAAUUCCGGUCCAUUGCCAUCGCAUCGCAGCACUGCCGAAGUGAUCUGUGAUGCUGCCGCUGAGCGGCCACGUCCAUCGCCACGCAUUUGUCCGUGCCAGAAUGGCGGUCUCUGCCGCGAAGAUGAACGCGGUGAUUUGUAUUGCGAAUGCCAGCCCGACUUCAAGGGUGAGCAUUGCGAUCGCAGCAUGGCGGGCGCAUUCGGUCAUGGCGGCGCCAAUGUAACGGCUGUUGUGGUACCAAUAAUGGUGAUAUUGUUGGUAUUGCUAACGGCGGGCGGUGCGUGGUACGUCAUACGGAAGAAGCCAUUCGGCAAAUUGGCGCGUUUGCCCACAUUAACAUCAUCGCAAAGUGUCACCUUCCGUCAUGGCACGAAUGUUGAGUUCAACGCUCCAGAUUUUCCAGGUGGCGCCACGGCGGGUCCGUCCAAUGAUGUAGCUCCUAUAGAGGGCUAUAACCUACAGACCGUUAAUACGGCUAAAACGCGCGACUUCUCGAAUCCCAUGUACGAUGCCGUGCAGUCCGGCACCAACACAGAUCCGAGCCUGAGUAAUGGAACAGGUAUUUACGAAGUGCCACACGAUCCCUCCAAAACCAAAACGGUUGGUCCAUUCACCGAACCCGUCUCGGCCAUAUUAGCGCCCAGCAGCAUAACACACAAAUCAUCACCGCAAUUACAGUUACGUACCAGAGAGCUGGAUCCAUCGGCGGAUACUGGCAAGGAUACGCAAUAUCUUGUUGAAGAGGAUAAGUCUGAAUGCUGAUAUAAAGUUAUAUAGAACGAAAUGCAACAACAACAACAACAACAAAAACUAAAACAACAGCAACAGCUAGAACAACAACAACAGCACCACCAACAACACCAUUACCAACACUACAUAUGUAAAAACAACAACAACAAUCACAAAACAAAUAUUACAACAACAUAUUCCAA